UCGCUGCAUCCAAACUGCUUCGCCGCUGUGUUUAGCUUUCCUUCUCCCUGUUCCCUCGCCGUUCUGUCUUUUGCUUCUUCUUUCUCUCUCCCUCUUUUUCGCUUUAUCGCCACCUACUAGCCUUCCUCUCUUCAUCUUCCGCCCCUUGACCAGAAUAUCCUCAUGGCUUCUCCCCGUCCUCCUCAUAACUUCGGUCCGCAAGGCUAUCCCCUCCCUAACGGUGCUACUGGUCCCGUACCUGGCGCCACCCCUCUUCUGCCAAACAAUGGCCGAGUCAUUCAGAACGGCCCCGUCAGAGUCUUGUGCAUUGCGGAUGUUCGAGGGAAUCUGAAGUCUCUGAAUGAGCUGGCCAAACAGGCCCGUGCAGAUCAUAUCAUCCACACUGGUGAUUUCGGUUUCUACGAUGACACAUCAUUGGAUCGGAUCGCGGAAAAGACCUUAAAGCAUGUGGCCCAAUAUUCUCCACUGCUUCCUGAAAAUGUGAAGCGGACCAUCGCACAGACACCCCCUCAGCAGUCCAUUAAGCAAAGAUUCACUCCGGAUCAGCUACCCCUCUCAGAGCUUUCUAUGCUGCUUGAUAAGCGGCUCACGCUUGAUGUCCCGGUAUACACUGUCUGGGGUGCCUGUGAAGAUGUUCGAGUGCUGGAGAAGUUUCGCUCUGGAGAGUACAAAGUCAAUAAUCUUCAUAUCAUCGACGAGGCCAAUUCACGCCUGCUGGACAUUGGUGGCGUCAAGCUUCGUCUGCUAGGGUUGGGAGGUGCCGUGGUCAUGCACAAGCUGUUCGAUAACGGCGAGGGCAAGACCACCAUUGCCGGUGGCCAAGGCACCAUGUGGACGACUCUACUGCAGAUGGGCGAGCUAAUUGACACAGCAAACCGCGUGUACGACCCAUCGGAAACCCGUAUCUUCGUCACGCACGCCUCACCCGCCCGUGAGGGAAUGCUGAACCAGCUAUCCGUGACCCUGAAAGCUGAUUUCUCUAUCUCUGCCGGUUUACAUUUCCGCUACGGCUCGUCCUACAACGAAUUCUCCGUAAACCCCUCCCUGGAUCACUACCGAGGCAAGCUGGCCGCAUCGAAGGCUUCCUUCAACGAUGUCUGGGAGACAGUGCGCAGUGAGGUCGAGUCUGCAAUCUCCUCGAACGAAGCCCAGAAGACACUCCUAGACAAUGCCCUGGAUGUGGUGCAAAAGAUGCCUACUAUCGCUAACGGUGGGAACCCAUUCGGCGGACCUACCGGCCCCGGAAACGCCGCUGGUCAGGUCGACGAGAGUGCUUUCAAGAACAUGUGGAACUUCAACCUUGCGGAUGCAGCGUUCGGAUUCCUGGUCCUUGAGAUCGAAGCUGGCCGUAUCGCGACGGAGAUGCGCGCCCAGGGUUUCAACUUCGCCCACCGAAGCGGCAAGGGUCCUGUGCCUGCUGUUGCUGGACAGCCCAAUCCUCCUAUUCCCACCGGUACCCCUGGUGUGGCUUCCCCGGCAGCCCGUGCCGCUGUUCCUCAAUUCGGCCAGGCCCAGCCCGUUCCCGGACGUCCUGCCGCCCCUCAGCAACAACAGCCGCAGCCUCAGCCUCAGCAGGGACAGGCCAAGGCUCCAGCUGCGGCCCCCGCUCGCACUUCUCCGGUCCCUGUUAUCCCUAAACCGGCAACCCCUCAGCCUUCUGGCCCGGCCGCCUCCCAACACGCUCCUACUUCGCCCGAGAAGGUUACGGCUACCGAGGCCAAUGGCACUUCACAGCCCGAGAGGCCAUCUGAGUCGCCUAUGCCCCGCUCUGAAAAGAAACAGAGCAACGGACUGUUUGUUUCGAACGUUGAGAAUGAACAGGCGGUUCGUGAUCUGUUCCCGGAGGAGGAUAAGGCGAAGAUGACUAAGGUCGAUAAAUGGGGCAAGUAUAAUCACGUCGUGAUGUUCAACACUGUUGAAGAGGCUAAGGCUGCGCUCGAUCGGCAGCCUCUGGAGCACAAGAAGCCUACACCUCCGGGUCAACCUCGCAAGCCCAACAUCAAGUUCUUUGAAGACCGUGGCAGCCACCGUGGCAAUGCUGGCACGUGGCAGAGCAGCAACCGCGGAGGAAACACUUCCCAGCGUGGGUACCAGAGCGGCGGUGCUAGCGACAGUGAAGGAGGACGGGGUCGUGGUGGAUUCAGCGGACGUGGCCGCGGCCGAGGCGAUCGUGGUCGGGGCGGACGCGGUGGUCGUGGUGGAUUCAACAAGGGAGGACCUGCAUCUGACUCGCCUGCUCCAUCGUCAUCGACGCCAUCCGGUGAGAAGCCCGCUGCAGCUGGCGAUGCUUAAGCUCGACUGAGUCGGUUUAACGCGUUUCUUUGUUGCUUUUGUGUUGAAAAUUAUUUACGCUUUUUUUUUUAUUUUAUUUUAUUCUAUUUUUUUU